AUGGCCUCUAACGAUGUGGACUUCCGGGCGCUGUACCAGAGCUCACUAAAGCUGACGACGUCGCUCGGUGAGCUGGGGAUCCCUCGUCUAGAGAAGCGUUUAGAGCAACUAGAUGAUGCGUCGCGUGCACUCAACGCGCAGGUCCCCAGUACUAGUGGAAGCCGCAAGCGUCCAGCAGCCGCAGGGGCUGACAAGGCCAACUUCCUGCUUGCAUCUAAGGGUAUCGACGCUGAGAAGCUCAGCAAGGAGCUAAAGCAGUUCGAGAUCGCGCCUGAAUUUGAGCCCGAGACGCCCCUGGGCGAGACGGAUCUAGAGGGAUAUCUCGCUCACCACCACGAAAUGAUCGUUCUAACCGCCAUCGAGGACGUUAACCGUCGCACAGUGGAAGCUACACAUGACCGCAUGAACCGUGCUAUGAUCGACGACUUCGAGGACGCCAGGCAGCGCCUUUUAGAGGACCUGGGAGGUGCCAAACAGCUCGGUAUCAGCAACUACCCUCGCAUAUUGGAUUCGGACGAAGCUACUGGCAGUAUCUUCUCCUCUGCAGCUCGUGACAAGCGUCAAGCACUCGAACCUGCGUCUGGUCUGGGCCUCAGCGGCGCGUCCUUUGCCGGUCAGCCGCGUUUCCAGGCCACAGGCUUCGGAACGCCGUCGCUGCAUAUGUCACAGUUGCAGAUGGAGAACGCUAUGACGGAGGAGAUGAAACAGUACUAUUCCGUCAUCAAAGAGCUUAACAGCAGCCGCGUGCCAAACACGCGCAGUCAGUUCGAACUCGCCCGUCACUUUCAACGAAUUUGUUCGUCCAACGUGUCGAUAUCAGUGACUGGAUCCAAGUGGGAGGCCGUACUUAAAUGCUGGCAACUCGUCAAUGACUUACUGGCAGGUGGUGAUGCUACCAAGCCCAACGCGCCGAAGCUAGCAGAGCGUGAAUACCAGACUGUCCGACAAGGAAGUGACGGAGCGCAACGUAAGCUACUCCAGCAUCGCCUUGCAUUCGGUGCCCGCGUCUUCCUGGAGAACCAAUUCCGUGUCUUCGUACAGGAAACUGUGCAGAAGAACAGCCUCGCUAUUGGUGGUAUUCCGGAUCUAGUGUCCACUAUUCGGGCGUUCGUCAAGCAUCUGCACAGCUCGCGUUAUGCUGCCAAUGGUAGUGGCGGUAGUACUGAUGUAGACAAUAUCUGGGCUGUCAUCUACUACUGUCUCCGCUGCGGCGGUGACCAGGAAGCGGCUAAUCUCGUGGCCAAACUGUCCAGCUCGGGUGACGACUCCACCAUUGAUGGCGAUGUGCUCUGUGCGUUGAAAUACCGUGCACACCAGAAGAGCUUGUACGCUGACCGCAGCGCCAACCCAUUGAACGCCUUUUCUAAGCAAUUUCCUGCCGAGUUUGAGCGCUUGGUGGACCGCUAUCACCGUUUGGUGAGCUCCUCGAUCGACGCGGUGUCUGUGGUGAACCCAUUUGAACGCUGUGUAGUGAACCUGUUAUGCUUCGGCAACGUCAACGCCAAUGAGCAGCGUAUUACGACUACAGUGGAGGACUAUCUGUGGCAACGUCUGUGCUUUAUCCAGCGUGUUGCAGCCACCAGCUCUGCUCCGGACAGUACAAUCACAAAGCUAUCGCAGAGUAUGCAGAAGUUUGGACCAACGCAUUUCGAAGGCGGCGUGCAGCCUGGUGGUGGCAACUUCUCUGCGUUCCUGUACUUCGAGAUUCUACUCAUCACGCAGGAGUUCGAGAAAGCUGUUAAAUAUUUGGCCUCCAAGGGUUAUCUGCUGGAAGCAGUGCACUUCGCGAUCACGCUCAAGCACUUCGGGCUACUGGAGUGCACGUCGUUCUCAAUGGGAGAGGAAGACGAAACGACAGUCGAUUUGGUGCGUCUGGUUCGCCAGUACAUUCACGGUUUCCAGCGUGCUAAUGCAGCGGAGGCAGCAGACUAUGUGGCCUGCAUUUCGGACUUGACAGCGAAGAAGGAGUUGCUCGCAGAGCUGCUACUGGACACACGCAAGUUUGAUAUGCUUGCUGGAUUUACGAACAACACAGACGGCUCACGUACGCGUGGCCUGUACGACCACUUGCUCAAGGAUGAGCCUGAAGAUGAGGUCAAGGAGCUCAUUCUCUCGGCUGCUCGCAAGGCUGAGGCUCGUGGUCGUCCGCAUGAUGCGUUCGCUCUAUUGAAGAGCGCAGGCGACAUUGAAGGCGUUAUUUUGCUGCUGAACUCGCAGCUCAGCUCGACGUUGUCAGCCACACGACCAGAGCGUGAGGAAUGGUUCCGUGAGGCCAAGGAGUUUGCCGAGAAGUGGAUGCGCUUCCCUUGGGUCCAGACGAUUGCCAACCGACAUGCGCGUACAGCUGCGAUUGCCUUCCAGACACUCCUGAACAUCAGUAUCUUCCUGGAGAUUUUCGAGAAGCAGCAGUACGAAGACGCCAUCGGGUUUGUGGAUGAAUUGGAGGUGGUGCCGACACAGAACUCGAGCAACUUGUCGCUGUGUGUUGAUCGCUUCCUGUCUUUCGACGAGAGUGUCCGACAGAACUUCCACAUUCUGCUGCUCGGAUAUAUGGAGUGCCUUGUGCGUGACGCAGACCGCGUCAAGACUCAGGUCUCUGGCGAAAUUCGUCGUGCCGGCAUCGCUGCUCUGCGCGAAAAGGCCGAACUCCUCGUCACAUUCGCAGGCAUGAUCAAGUUCCGACUUCCUUCAGGUACCAACGAGCGACUGAACCGCAUGGAGGCCAUGAUCUAUUAGAAUGCCCCCGCUGGGAUACCGUUCAAGAAGGAGAUCGCAAAGAACAAUUAAGGCUGUCGACAACGAAUGUUACAUGAAGUUUCUCUUGACUACAUCCACAUUCAGCUGGUCCUCCUACUUGCUACUUAAGUACUACUAACGGUCAAAUAAAUCUUGCAUGCUGCUUGU